AGGCCUACUGUUAUUGUGCAAGACUUUUUGAUGAUAUGAAUAGAAUAACAAAGGAGUUCUAUCAGACGUUACUUUUUACAUCACAGUACAUGUACAUCAUGUAAAAAUGCUACGCUAUUAUGACCAAAUUCGGCGAAUGAACAUGCCGUGUCCAGUGUCCGUUUACCGUGGGUAGUGCACAAGCUCAACACACACAAGCAUGACAAGUAGCGUCAAGAAAGCGUCAGCAACUUGAAAAGCUUAAGUCUGUCCAAAAUGAUGCUGUCUAGUCCCUAUGCAACUGACACAGCCUAUGGCGGCACUAAAGAUGCAUGCUGGGUUGAUGUUGACAGUACUCCUCAACCUCGAGUACGACCAGAAGCAGAGGAGAUCUAUCAGAAAAGCAAGGGAUGUGUGGGGAGAUUACUAGUUCAAGGAGAGCCUGUGUAUCGACCACCCAGCAGGCAAAAACCAGAGCCUAAAGAUUUUGGGCGAGACAACAUACGCAAGAUGCGACAGAUCCAGUCCAUGAACAGACGUAAGAAGAGAGACGAAGAGAAGGAGGCUAGUCAACCAAUCAAAGUCCUACCACAAUCAGUCAAGUACAAGGAAGUAUCAUCCAAAGUAGCUGAACAUGUCAAGCAACCUCCCCCUCCACCUAGGCCAGAAUCAGUCAACUACUUACGUUCCCACAGUCGGACAGGAGGUGCCCCAAAGGUCAGAGGAAGGUCACCAAGCCCAGCACCUAGACCAAAAACAGCACCAGAGGUAAAAGUAGAGACUGAUGCCAACUUUAUUGCUCACAAUGCUCGCCUGGUUAAGCAUCACAAACCUCCCCGACCACCAUCCGCACUAGCCGAGGAAUCACUUAAGAUCAAACAAAUCCAAGACAUGCAAAAAUACCAGAAAGGAGCUGUCCCCAAGUACUUGAAGGGUCGGCAACAACAGUGGGCUAAGGAAGAGGAGGAGAGAUUACGUAGUAUUCCUGACCCUGACAUGCCCCCAGGUCACAAGAUGAUGCCGCAAGAGGAACGUCUUAAGACGCUAGAGGUACUCAGACAAAAGGAGAAAGAGCUCCAGCAGGAGCUGCACAAGCUACCACUGAAAGCAGAAACACUUCGAGCCAAGACAAGAGAGGCUGAGGUCAACUCUCAACUGGCUGAGGUAGAAGAAGCAAUCAAGAUUUUCUCAAGGUCAAAGGUCUUUAUCAAGAUUGACAGUUGAUGAUAGCCAACAAGAAGCAGUAUCACACUAACCUCUCUAGAUCCUUCAAAAUCCACCACUUGAGAGGGUUGGGAGGAUUUUGCCAAAUUGAGACAGGUUGAGGCCAGCCUCAGUUACGUUGGAUGGAUGUGAGGCCCCUUAAAAGUGCAGAAAUAUUGCCAUUGGUUUCCUAAUCUGCACAUUAGGGAUGAUAAGGAUCCAGGAAUGUCCAUUUAAGUGCCUGCAGUGCCGGGGGGGGGGGGAGAUGGAAGGGAUAGGCCUAAAUUUCAGUAUAUGCCUGUGGGGCAUAAUAUUAAUUCAACUUGGCCAGUUGAUUAUUUGCUUGGUUAUUUUUACUACAUCCUUCAAACUCUGGUAUCUUACUUGUUUAUUCAUGUGCAGUCACUUCAGUGUACAGUGUAAAUACUUUUUGUGGUGAAAUUUAAGCUUUGCACAGGGUGUGGAGAACUAUAAAUGUACUGUACUUAUCAUUCAAGGGCAAAAUCAUCCUUUAUGUUACUGAUCCCGUAACCCUCGAGGGUUGAGGGGCACUGCCUGUCAACACGUCCUACCAAAGCCCUCCAUCUCUCACGGUUGUGCACAAGCACCUGGGUUUGAACCAAUGACAAUCCCAUCCAUUCAGUAAUGUUGUGGGUCCAUCUCUGUCCCUGUCAUCCCCGUUUCCUUUUCCCCACAACUGUUCCUUGGAGAAUGGUCUUUGAGAGGCCACUUCCACUUGUUGUCAGCUUUCUCCCCUCGAUGGUUGACAGUAGGUCUUCUUGAUGGGGCAGAUGUUGGCGGAUUCUUCUACAUGUACGUACCUCAUUAUUUGUAAUGUGGUCUCUGUGCGAGAUGCCUAAAGUCGUCUAACAUUUCAGCAGUUUGGAUUUUCCUUUGCAACACUGCUGUAAGGUCCAUGAUUCACAUGCGUAUAGAAGAAUCGUGAUCCAUCUGUUACGAUCACCACUUGACUCCACAAAGGUUGCAUUUGAAAUCAAAUUCCACGAGCUGUCACAAAGCUCACAUCUGUUACGAGAUGCCUCUUCACACUACAGAAAGCCCUAUUGUGGACAUGUUGACAUUGAAAAUAAGUUCCAAAUUUUCAGAAUCUGAAAAAUGACCAGUGGCCUUUAGAAACCCGUCUUACACCAUUUUAUUCUUUCAUUGAUCCAGAAUCAAAGUCAGCGGCGGUCUUUUUUCCCCUCAGAAGUAUUUCUAUAGUUAUUUGUUGCAAGCCAAGGAUCAUGUUCACUGUGAACGGUGAACAUUGAAUUUUGCUUGGCUAAGCAGUAUACCAACAGUGGGUGUUUGUAAUUGGCUCUACGUUGUUGGCUUGUAUAUUUACUUCUCAAGCAAUUACUUUGAAAUUGGGCCCAGUUGCCAUCUGAUGGCAACAUUCUUUCUUGGGGAGGAGAUGAUUUUGUUUUGGCCAGUUCAAAAGACUUUUGAGGGUGUUGUUUUAUUCUUUCAUUCUGAGAGAGAGACAUGUUCGGGUCAGGUGCUUUUUAGAGUUGGAAUCACUGCUAACUUUGGGGAAUGGGAUAAAGUUGAUGUAAAUUUUCGUACAAUUAAUUUCAGUUCAUGUAAAUUAUCUUGAAUCUUCUGUAGUCCCGAUUUUUAGCAACUCUUUAAUUUAUCAAGGAUGCAUGCGAUGGCGGUUAAAACUGCUGGGAACUGAAGCAAUAAAUACACAGGUUGCAUUAUCAGCAUUGAGAGUGGCUUUGAGUUUGGGAUCAAGACAUUACGUGCAUGUUGAUCAAAAGAAAUCAGAAGUUAAGCCAUGAAAUUGGUAGAUAACUGAUUCAUGUAUUUUUUUUGCUUAGUGGUUCUGAAUCUGGAAAAUAAUGUCCCUUCUUUACCAGUGUUAUAGUCAAAACCUGGGAGACCGAGACCAGGACUGAGACCUUUAGGUUCGAGACCAAGACCGAAACCUGACCAUCGGUGACUGAGACCUCAAGACCUUGUGUUUAAAUUGCAUAAUUCAAUCAAAUAAAUGCAGAACC